UCGUUGACGAUCUGGACAUGAGUCAGGUAUCCCUGGAGAUACAGGAGCUGAGUCGUCGAAUAGAUGAAGAUCUGGAGAAGGUUGCCCAAAAGGGGAAAAUGCAUUUAGAUCCCUCAAAACUGGAAUUGGCUAAAUCAAAGGGUAUCCAUCACCUUAUUGCAAAUAAAGACAGUGAAGGAAAGACCCUGGACAAUGAGAAGAACGGUGUCUCACAGGGAGGCCCCCGAAAGGAACUCAAAACCUCACAAGAUGUGCUUCGAGACGUCCUGGAUGGUAUCGUUGAACCAGAAAUCCUCGACUCCUGCGUCGAGGACCUGCAAAUGCUGACACAACACUCCGGUGAUCGUCUGUGCCAGCUGGUGCAAGUUUCCACCAACAGUCGCGAUGCCAACGACACCAAGCUUGCGGAUCUCAAAGACUUUCAGUCUGCAAACGCCCUCAACUCCUCAGAAGCUGUCGACGUGAAGAGCAUUCCUCUCGGGUCCGGGGAUGCGAAGGGAUACGCUCUGGAUCUAACCGGUGUCGAUGAAUCUGAAUUGGACCGGGAGUACUUAUUAUCACCACAGGAGGUUAUGAUCAAGGCAACCCUAUGGUUCCAAGACAAUGCUGCCUUCCUUGAAACGCAACGCAGUAAGUACCUUCGGCGCCUACAUACUGUUUUAUUUUUUAAUACUGGUAUAACUGCGGGUUCACAUUUACGUACACUGGAGGUUCCCUUGUUUAGUCCUUAG